AUGUCGGAACGCAGCAACGUCUCGGCCUCUGGCCCCAGAGCCAAUCCUCUCUAUGGCGGACCAGCUAACCCAAGCGCGGGAAACCGAACCCCUUCAUGGGCGCGUAAAUCCGGCGCAGGCGGUGCCCGACCGUCGUUCAGCGAUGCCGCGUCUUCUCCCCCUGAUUCCCCCGCGCGCUCCGCCCGCAGCAACAACGGCCCAUCGUACUACGCCCCGCAAUACGAGCACCCCGGUUACACCGUCGAAACGCCCGGCGUUAACGACGCUAUGCUGGGACAAUCCCCGUUCCGCGCGCCCCCUUACUACGUGCAGACCCCCGCACACUCCGAGCGGCCUGGAUCCCCCAUGUCUUCGGUCCCCGACUCCCCCGCGCACACCAUGUCGUACGACAUGCGCAGUGUGCGGUCUGGGAAACCAGGCUCGUCGCGCGUCUACGGCGCGCCGGCUCGCGUGGCUGCGGCGCCGCUUGCGUCGCGGAUCAACGAGGAGGGCGACGAGGAGGAGCAGCUGUACGAGCCGCCUGCUAAGGAGGCGUCGGGAGGGCGGUCGAAGCGGAGCAAGCGAUUCUGGACGAUCUGCAUUGUGGUGGGGAUUCUGGCCCUCGUCCUCGCGGCCGUCGCGACGGGCAUCGCGCUUUACUACGUGUUCCAGCCGGAUGCUCCCACGUACACCUUCGAUUAUGCGACUCUCAACGAGUUCCAGAUCGUCAACAAGCUCGCCGACGGAACCGGCUUGCCGACAGACCAGCUUUUCGCAAACGUUACUUUCGUCUUUUCUGCGAUCAACCCGAACGGCAAGUACACGCUACAAGGCGACGGCGGUUUGCUGCAAGUCGGCUACAGCUCCAUUCCCACGCUCAUGCAAGGAGGGGUCCCCUAUUUCGCUCUCAGUUCUAAGAACUUCACCAACUUCACUACAUCAGUGGGUGUAGCCAUGUACCCGUUAUACGGCGUGGGUCCGGGGCUGCGUCAGGACAUCAUGGCAGAGUACAUCAGCAUGCAACUUCAUGCACAGGACGUGGCGACGCGCAUAUUCCUCGAGUCGCAGGCGGGGCCGAACGUGGGCGUGUGCGUGCUGUCCGCCAACGGCUCUAUUUCCAGCGCCACGCUACGCGACCCCUCAGGCGGCGCCAACACUACCAUUCACGAGGGUCGGUUUGAGCUGCUGAACAUGUCGGGCUCGUUUCUGCCGCACGACCCGGCGGACCCCGAUGGGCGAAUGGGCGGGCUGAGCGUGAGCCUCGUCAGCUCCAACGGCCGCGUUGUGGGCGGCGGUGUGGCCGGCCGCCUCGUUGCCGCCACACCUGUGCAGGUCAUACUGGCCACAUUUCUGCACGACCCUAGCAAUCUGACCACACCUGGAUCAAGGCCAGCUGGGCAGUGA